CACACACACAUACACACACACACACAUACACACACAGGUCCUUACUAUCAAUGAAGUUACUGAACUCCAUAAAAAUAACUUCCACAAUGGUGCAAAUCACUUGAUUAGUACACUUGAAUUCUUUAUCACAACUUUCUGAUAGGCCCUUAUUGAGAGCUUCCCUAGGUAAGUUUUCUUUCUCAAUGCCAGGUCUGACAGGCCAGAGUUUCAGCACAACUCUGCCAUGCAUUAACUGUGAGACUGUGUUAACCUCUGUCUCUGCCCUUCAAUAUUUUCAAGAGUAAAAUGAGGAUAAUCAUAGUACUUGCUUCAUAGGCUUGUUUUAAAUAUUGAGAUAAUGUUUUAACACAGUGCCUGGUCCACAGUGAAUGUUAAAGAUGUAGAAAAUGGUAAUCUUAUUUAGCUAAAGGUAGACCCAGAAAGUACUUUCUUAGACUAAGGAAGUUUUAAUUUUGCUACUAAAAGGAUAUACUGUGUUAACCUACUGGGACGGUUUCUGAAUGAACAACUUUAUAGCAGAAAACAAGCUGCUUGGGGUAGAGGAGUAGGAGGCAGGGUUGACAGUGCUCAAUAAGAGGGAAAUUCUUUAACCUCGUCUUUUUUUUUGUGGUAUGACAUUUCUUUUAAGGAAACUUUGAUCCAAGGUACAUCAGUGCUACUGUUUCCUCAUAGUAAACAUUUUCUUUUCCAAGUUAUAAAGUGAUAGUGAAAGGUUGAAUGUUAACAAGGAUGGACUUCAAAGCUCAGGUUCCUUUCUGUAAAAUGAAGAUCUCUUCUGGAGCCUGUUUAUAUAACCAAGCAGAAAUAGAAAACACUGGCAUUUAUUAAAAAUGGCUCUCUCCCAAAGGGGAUUGUUUAAUUAUAUGAGGCAUGAUUCUAAGACUGGUUUCCACAACUCACACCAGAAAAUUCACUCAACAAACAUAAUUAAAUGACCCUCUUUUUUUCCUCCCUAAGAAAACUGUGUUUUACAACAUUUUGAAGCAUACAGUAAACUUAAUUAUAGAGCGGGGCUUUAUAUAAAAACAUACACAGUUUUAAAUAAGACUUUUUAAAUUCAAAAUUUAAAAGCUGUGCCCUAAAUGUUAAUUGUGGUUGUGAUAAACAUAAGAACAUUUAGAAAAUCAAUACAUGAUUUAAGCUGUUAGAAAACACGCCACCCUCUUAAAACACAUUUUUCCAGUGUCACAUCGGAUAAAGAAAACUCAAAUCCAGUGUCCUUUGGAUUUCAAGUUACCUUUGGGAUAAACUUGGUUAAAAGUGUGUACUUGACCAGCCAGAAAGGACAGAUAUAUAAUUAUUCAAACAAAAAUUUACCUCACAAAUAUGUCUGGAGGUAAGUACUGAAUUUAUUGUAACUGGUAUAUUUCAUAGUCCUGGUACAAGCUGUAACCACUAUUUGCUAAAAUUAGGUGUUUGCUUGCUCUAGAGAUACUUCUGAUAAUCGCCUACCAAGUAUUGCCUGAUUUCAACCACCUUCCACGUGGCCAAGGAAAGAGUUGUGUAAACUACUCUGGGGUCAUGUCAGUCUCCUCUGGCUUUUGCCCCAAAUGUGCAGAUAAGAGAACCUGAAACAGCCAGUCCUUGUACAGUAGUAGGCCAUUCAGAUUGGCGGGGGAGGGGAGGGCAGUGUCACCCAAUCAGAAGCAUAGUCGGUGCCCGUGGAACAAUGAGCCGCUGAUGAGGGUGUGGCCUGGAAAACGGCUCUUAGACAAAACUGUCAUUUUAUGGGUCAUUUAUAUAGACAGACAUGGCACUUCGGCUGUCUUCAGAAUAAUGUCACCCGGGCCCCUCUCCUGUCUUCUGCAGUCUUAAAAGACCCAGUCUCUAAUUGAGGUCUGGCUUUUCCUCAGCCUUGGAUGAAGUAGAGAAGACCUAUUUGGAGACUGCUUCCCGUCACCACAAAAUCCUGAAUAUUCGUCUUGAACAUGAACACUCCAAGUGAAAAAUUCCAGGACUGGGCCAUAGCCAGAAUCGCAGCUCAUCUACCAGAUCUCAUUGUCUACGGACGUUUCUCCCCAGACCGACCCUCUAUGGAUUCUUUUGAUGGAGUCCUGAUGUUUGUUGAUAUUUCAGGUUUUACUGCAAUGACUGAGAAGUUCAGUACAGCCAUGUAUAUGGACCGAGGGGCUGAGCAGUUGGUGGACAUCCUCAAUUACCACUUAAGUGCAAUCGUGGAGAAAGUGUUGAUUUUUGGAGGAGACAUCCUGAAAUUUGCAGGCGAUGCACUUCUAGCCCUGUGGAAGGUCGAGCGAAAGCAGCUGAAAAACAUUAUCACAGUGGUAAUUAAAUGUAGCCUGGAGAUCCAUGGAUUGUUUGAGACCCAGGAGUGUCAAGAAGGCCUAGACAUCCGAGUCAAGAUAGGACUGGCUGCUGGCCACAUCAGCAUACUGGUCUUUGGAGAUGAAACACGAAACCACUUUCUGGUGAUUGGUCAGCCAGUAGAUGAUGUGCGCCUUGCACAGAAUAUGGCUCAGAUAAAUGAUGUUAUUCUGUCACCAAACUGCUGGCAGCUCUGUGACCGGAACAUGAUUGAAAUUGAGAGGAUUCCAGACGAGAGAGCAGUUAAGGUUAACUUCUUAAAACCACCCCCUAAUUUUAACUUUGAUGAAUUUUUCACGAAAUGUAUGACCUUCAUGAAUUAUUAUCCUUCUGGUAAGCACAAAAAUAUCCUGAGGCUUGCGUGCACAUUGAAGCCUGAUCCUGAACUGGAGUUGUCCCUACAAAAGUAUGUGAUGGAAAGCAUUUGGAAACAGAUUGAUGACAAACAGCUUCAGGGCUAUUUGUCUGAGCUUCGCCCAGUGACGAUUGUGUUUGUGAACCUGAUGUUUAAAGACCAAGACAAAGCAGAAGAGAUAGGCCCAGCCAUCCAGGAUGCCUAUGUGCACAUCACGUCUGUCUUGAAGGUCUUCCGAGGCCAAAUCAAUAAAGUCUUCAUGUUUGACAAGGGCUGCUCCUUCCUCUGUGUCUUUGGCUUCCCUGGGGAAAAGAUACCUGAAGAAGUCAUUCAUGCUCUGGAAUGCGCUAUGGAUAUAUUUCACUUCUGCUCUCAAGUCCAGAAAAUCCAAACUGUAUCCAUCGGCGUUGCCAGUGGGACUGUCUUCUGUGGGAUCGUUGGACACACUUUGAGACACGAGUACACAGUCAUUGGUCAAAAAGUCAACUUAGCUGCCAGGAUGAUGAUGUACUUCCCAGGAAUUGUGACCUGUGACUCUGUCACCUACAAUGGCAGCAACCUACCAGCCUACUUUUUUAAAGAGCUUCCAAAGAAAGUUAUGAAAGGUGUUGGAGAUUCUGGACCAUACUAUCAGUGCUUGGGCCUUAAUCAACAAACCAUGGUUGGUGUGUCGUACGUCAUCUGCGACAGAAAUGAGGGCUGCCCUUUGCUGGGACGUGAUAAAGAGAUCAAAUACUUCAUUGAUACUAUGAAUGAAUUUUUGAAGUCUAACAGCAGCCGAGUCUUAAUAUAUGAGGCAUUAAUGGGAUACGGAAAAAGCAAGAUACUUAUGGAAAUUGGGUUCCUGGCCCAUGGUGAGAACCACAGAAUUAUUGCCAUUGAAUUGACUAAGAUCAGCUUCCAUCAGAAUUUGCAUACCAUCCAGAUGCUCAUAGCCAGUGUCCUAGGCCUGGACACUUGUAAACAUUAUAAAGAACGGCAGACCAACCUUCGAAAUAAUGUCAUGACACUGUUGGAUGAAAAGUUCUACUGUCUUCUUAAUGACGUUUUCCUUGUUCAGUUCCCUAUUUCUCGGGAGAUUUCCAGGAUGAGCACCUUGAAAAAGCAAAAGCAGUUGGAAGUAUUGUUUAUGAAGAUCUUGGAGCAGAUAGUAAAAGAGGAAAGGAUUAUUUUUAUCAUUGAUGAGGCCCAAUAUGUGGAUCCGACCUCCUGGGCAUUUAUGGAGAAGCUUAUCCGGACUGUUCCUAUCUUCAUCAUUAUGUCCCUGUGUCCCUUCGUUGAAAUUCCCUGUGCAGCUGCCACUGCCAUAAUGAAGAACAGGAACACCACCUACAUCACCAUUGGUCCAAUACAGCCUGAUGACAUCUGCACCAAGGUCUGUCUUUACCUCAAUGUAAGCAGCAUCUCCAACGAACUGGACUCGUACCUGGUGGAGAAAAGCGGUGGGAUUCCAUUUUACUGUGAAGAAUUGCUUAAAAGCCUAGAACAUCACAAUGUACUCCUUUUCCAACAAAUGGAAUCAGAGGAAAAGACAAAUAUGACCUGGAAUAGCCUGUUUGACACUUUCAUUAAGCCAACAGAGAAGUUAAAAAUGUUUACUUCCCAUAGUGAUAGGAAUUGUGAAGAAGUCUGUCACCUCGCAAGUGGGGUCAGAUUGAAAAACAUGUCACCCCCAGCGUCAUUAAAAGAAAUCUCUCUGGUUCAGCUGGAUAGCAUGAGCCUUCCCCACCAAAUGCUGGUGAGAUGUGCUGCCAUCAUUGGCGUGACCUUCACUACUGAGCUGUUGUUUGAGAUACUCCCCUGUUGGAAUAUGAAGAUGAUGAUCAAGGCCCUGGCAACCCUAGUAGAGUCUAAUAUUUUUUAUUGUUUCCGGACUGGCAAGGAGCUUCAAACAGCUCUGAAACAGAACGAGGCCUCAUUUGAGGUGCAUUAUCGCUCCUUGUCUCUGAGGCCCAGUGAAGGGAUGGAUCACGAGGAAGAGGAAGAGCUUCGUGAACUGCAGAGCGAAGUGAUCGAGUGCCACAUCAUCCGAUUCUGUAGUCCUAUCAUGCAGAAGACAGCCUAUGAGCUGUGGCUCAACGAACAGAGAAAAGCCAUGCAUUUGAAAUGUGCCCGCUUUUUAGAAGAAAAUGCCCACAGAUGUGACCACUGCCGAAGCAGAGACUUCAUUCCCUAUCACCACCUUACAGUGAAUAUUCGGCUCAACACUUUAGACAUGGAUGCUGUUAAAAAGAUGGCUAAGUCUCAUGGAUUUCAAACUGAAGAAGAACUUACCUUUUCCGAAUCAAAGAUUCUUAAGAAAUCUGCAUUAUUUCCUGAAAAUCCCAGUUCUGAAGAAAUAAGAAAAAUGAUCUUGAAUUUCUUUGACAACACUAUAACAAGAAUGAAGACAUCUGAUGAAGACAUUAUGCCUCUGGAAUCUUGCCAGUGUGAAGAAAUCCUAGAGAUUGUCAUUUUGCCUCUGGUCCACCAUUUUCUGGCUUUGGAAGAAAAUAACAAAGCCUUAUAUUACUUCUUAGAAACUGUAUCUGCUUAUCUCAUCUUGCAUGAUAACUACAUGGCAUACAGGUAUUUGAAUGAAAGCGAGAAGUUGCUAAAAACUCUUAAGAAGGACAAAUCUUGGAGCCAGACAUUUGAGUUUGCCACCUUUUACAGCCUCAAAGGUGAGGUCUAUUUCAAUAUGGGCCUGAUAGUGCCUGCCAAGAAAAUGCUGAGGAAGGCGCUGAAGCUCCUCAACCGAAUCUUUCCUUACAACUUAAUCUCCUUGUUUCUCCAUAUCCACGUUGAGAAAAACAGACACUUUCAUUAUGUGAAUCAGCAGGCCCAAGAGAGCUCACCUCCAGGGAAGAAGAGGCUGGCACAACUUUACCGGCAAACUGUCUGCCUCUCCUUGCUGUGGCGCAUCUAUAGCUUAAAUUAUUUUUUUCACAGCAAGUAUUAUGCCUACCUGGCAGUUAUGAUGCAAAUGAAUACUGCACUGGAAACUCAAAAUAAUUUCCAGAUCAUUAAGGCUUACCUAGACUAUUCGCUAUACCACCAGCUGGCUGGCUAUCAGGGUGUGUGGUUCAAAUACGAAGUCAUGGCCCUGGAGCAGAUCUUCAACCUCCCCCUGAAAGGCGAGGGCAUUGAAAUUGUGGCAUACAUAGCUGAUACACUGGUCUUCAACAAGCUCAUAAUGGGACACCUGGACUUGGCCACUGAGUUAGGCACCCGAGCCCACCAGAUGUGGGCACUGCUUCAGAAUCCCAACCGACGCUAUCUGUCCCUCUGCAGACUUAGCCAGUGUCUCCUUUUGAAAAGCAGAUACAAGCAAUUGAUCCAGGUGCUGGGGUGUCUGUGGGAUCUUUCUGUAACACAGGAACACAUCUUGAGCAAGGCAUUUUUCUACUUUGUCUGCUUGGACAUCAUGCUUUAUUCUGGUUUUGUUUAUAGAACAUUUGAAGAAUGUUUGCAAUUCAUAUACCAAUAUGAAGACAACAGAAUCCUCAAGUUCCACAGUGGACUCCUCCUGGGACUUUAUUCAUCUGUAGCUCUCUGGUAUGCCAGAUGUCAGGAAUGGGACAACUUUUACAUAUAUUCCAGUGCAGCUAAAAAUCUGUUGCCAAGAAGAACCAUAACACUUAUUUACUAUAAAGGAAUAUCUAGGUACAUGGAGGGGCAAGUUCUUCAUCUUCAAAAGCAAAUCAAAGAACAGUCAGAGAAUGCCCAUGCUAAUGGAAAGGAGCUACUCAAGAACUUGAAGAAUCUGGUGGGUCAAAAUAUCACUGGUCCUGUCUUUUACCCAAGGCUCUACCACCUGAUGGCUUACGUCUGUAUAUUAAUGGGAGACAGGCAGAACUGUUGCCUCUUUCUGAACACAGCCUUGCAGCUCUCUGAAACACAGGGGAAUGUGCUGGAGAAAUGCUGGCUGCAAAUGAGCAAAGAAUGCUGGUACUCAACCUCUGAGUUAAAAGAAGACCAAUGGCUUCAGAUGAUCUUGAGUCUCCCGUCAUGGGAAAAAAUUGUAACAGGCAAGGUAAACACCCAGGAUAUUCAAAAAAACAAAUUCCUGAUGAGAGCUGAUAUCAUGGACAAUCAUUUCUAACAUGUCAAAGAAAAAAGAUUUUAGUAAGCACUAUGUCCUUGUGAUGAUCUAUUAUUGACCUUUCUCUGUGGCUGGCCCCUCCAGGUUCCUACAUAAGCUCUUCUGUUCCAGGCACAGACCAGACGUGUUGAUUUCUUCUCUUUCUGGUCAAAAAGGGUCAGGAGUGUUACACUUUACUUCCUCCUAACAUUAUAAAAAUUGACCUUACCAUUCAUGUUGUUUUAGCUUGAUCUAUUUCAGCCCACGCAAAGUUGUAUCAUAUGAGAAGUUAUUAAUCUCAAGAUGGUAUAACAUCAUGUGUUGCAACAGACAUGUUUCUAGUUAGUAUAUUAACUGAAAAUAUGUAUUUUUAAAUAUCCAGUUGUUAAGUCUUUUGGAGGUAGCACAGUAUUACAAAUAGCAAACAUUUGUCAUGGUCUAUAAAGACAGAAAAAGAAAAGAUACGUUUGUAGGACCUGGCUGCAGCUUCCAAAGCCAGGGUGAUGUCUUAGCCCCUCUCACCAUGUGCAUCAAAUAUCAAAUCAAUUUUUAA